AUGGCAGAUAAGAACAGUGGCAAAUCGAAGAAGUCUAUUGAUGAAUCUCAGGGAAUAAGCCAGAUGGGUUGGGAGAGAGAUCAAGGCAAGGACCUUCAUAUCAACUUGGAGAGGCAAGAAAGGGAGCCAGUUUUUAAUGAAGCUUCCAUGUCAAAGAGGCCUCUCAAGAAGAUGAAGAGUCCUGAACGCCAAGACCCAUUUCAAUCCUCUGUUUCUUUCCCUCACCAGACACCACCUUCUCUCUCUCUUCCCUCCACUCUACCUUACAGUACCAAUAUACCUAUACCCUUUCCUCUUCCAUCCUCAUCAGCCUCGGCCUCGGCCUCGGCCUCUUCAAGGCUUGUUUUUCCUUUUGCCUUUGAAGGGUCUCAACAAUCCAUGGAAAGUUUACACCAAUAUAGCACGAAUUCAAUUCCUCUGUUUCGCCCACCACUGCAGAGUCAGCAGCAACAGAUGAUAUCUUUUGCACCCAACCAGCACCAACACCAGCACGGUUUCGUGUACCCACCGAGCUUUUCGGGUGACUUGGCAUCGUCGCAGUUUCAACAGCAACAAUUGCUGCAGUAUUGGAAUGAUGCAUUGAAUUUAAGUCCAAGAGGAAGGUUGAUGAUGAUGAACAGGUUGGGACAGGACAGUAGAGGCAUGUUUAGGCCUUUUGUACCGCCUGUUUCGACUACGAAGCUCUACAGAGGAGUGAGGCAGAGGCACUGGGGAAAAUGGGUGGCUGAAAUUCGUCUUCCCCGAAACAGGACUCGCCUCUGGCUCGGCACUUUUGAUACUGCCGAGGAUGCGGCAUUAGCAUACGAUCGUGAGGCGUUUAAGUUGAGAGGAGAGAAUGCUCGGCUCAAUUUCCCUGAACUCUUCCUUGGUAAAGAUAGAGCGGUUUCAACAGCACCUUGUUCGUUGUCGUCGUCUCCUUCCACACCCCACGAAAAUUUGGUACCUGGCAGGUUUUCAAAGCAGUCUGAACAAGUUUCAGAAGGCCUUAACUUGCAGGUCUCCAAUGUGGCGUUGCCACAGCAAUCUCAUCUUCAACCUCAAGAUGAAAAUCCCGAUGAUGAUUCGGGAUUGGGGUCGAGUGAGGUCAAGGGAGUUCAAGCGAAUGUGGAGAGUUCUGGUGCAAGGGAAGGUCCAUCACAGUCAUCAGAAUUGGUUUGGGGUGAAAUGACAGAUGCUUGGUUCAAUGAAAUUCCAGCUGGUUGGGGUCCAGCUAGUCCUGCUUGGGAUGAUUUGGACACUAAUAAUAAUCUUUUGUUGCCUUCAAAUCUUCCUUUUGGCAGCAAUGUUCAUCAGCGGGAGUUUCAGAACCCUGAUCCUCAGAAACAGCAAGAAAAUUUGGGUUCAACUUCAUCUUCUGGUCCCGUGAAACCCUUCUUUUGGAAGGAUCAAGAUCAGUAGUUAGCCUCCAGGAAGAAGCUGCAUUAGGUUCAGCUUUUCAAAUGCAAGAAUACAGCAGCCCCCCAACACAAGCACCCACCACUUUCACCACCACACACAAACACACUCUCUCUCUCUCUCUCUCUACCUCUGUCUAUCUAUCUU